CACAGCCUCUUUCCGUUCCUCCCGCGCGGCUGCACGGACACUCGUACCGUUGGAAUACUUUCUGCGUUCACCGGAAAUGUGGCGUACAGCCGAUUUGGAUUCACCCCGACUGUAGUUCAUCCCCGCUCCCAGUGUGACUUUCGCCAGCUCUCGUCAAUCCUCCGGGCUGCUCCGUUCGCGUCGGCAGCGAGACGCAGAUCUCUUGAGUUUGGAUGUUACUGUGAUUGUGUCUCUGCCCAAAUGACUGAGAGAGGAACCACCGGGAGACGCUGCUCUCCGUCCCGCGCCCGCACGGCCACCGUCGGGUAAAGUUUGACCGGCAGGGAUGACGGUGGUUCAUCUUCCGUGAGAUUUGCAAAUUAAUUUAAAUUUACAACAGUGAGGAAAAACACCGUGUUCUCCAGUUCAACGGGGACCUCUUUCUGGGAUUUACUUAUUUACUGGAUUUAUUAAUAAACAUGAAGACCUUAAUCGUGGAGGGUGGCCGACUCCUCUGCCUGGUGUUCUGGCUUAACCUGGUGCCAGUGAUAAACAGCUGCCCAGCGAAGUGCGUGUGCUACAGCGAGCCGAAGGCAACAGUGGCUUGUCAACAGCAGGGUCUGUUCUCCAUUCCCACCGAGAUCCCCGUUCGCAGCCAGCGAAUAUUCCUCCAGAGCAACAAACUGACAGUGGUCAGAUCCACCAGCUUUAGUUCUGUGCACAACCUUACAGUCUUGUGGAUGUACUCCAAUAACAUCAGCCAUAUUGAGGCGGGUGCAUUUUAUGGGCUGGAGAGACUGGAAGAAUUAGACAUUGGAGACAACAGCAACCUUCGAAUCAUAAGCCCUACUGCGUUUCGUGGUCUGACCAAGCUGCAUACCCUUCACCUGCACAGAUGCGGACUGUCCGAGCUCCCGGUCGGAGUUUUCCGAGGACUCUUUUCACUUCAGUAUCUGUACCUGCAGGAUAACAACCUACUGGCCCUGCAUGAAGACACUUUCCUGGACCUGGCCAACCUCACCUACCUGUUCUUACACAACAACAAGAUCAAGGUGGUGACUGAUCACAUGCUGCGGGGACUUGUCAACCUUGACCGUUUGCUCCUGCAUCAAAACCGAAUUGUACAUGUGCAACAACAGGCUUUCAAUGACCUGAGCAAGCUGACCACCUUGUUUCUGUUUUUCAACAACCUCACCAUGUUGACCGGAGAGUCCAUGAACCCUCUGGUGUCUCUUCAAUACUUGAGGCUCAAUGGAAACCAAUGGAUUUGUGACUGUCGAGCCAGGCCACUGUGGGACUGGUUCAAACGCUUCAAAGGAUCGAGUUCUGAUUUGGAAUGCCACCUUCCAGCGUCUCUAAAUGGGAAGGAUUUAAAACGACUCAAAAGCGAUGAUUUGGAAGGUUGCGUCGAUUCGCCAUCACAGGUUCAAACUAGCAUCUUCAACAGCAAGGUGCAUUCUGGAAAGUUCCUCUCGCUUGAUGAUCCUCUGGUGGAAAGCAUUCCAAGAUGCUGUCUGUCAGAUAACGACAAAUCCUCCAUCAUCUCAAGCAAGUCCAUCCCAGAUCCUUCAUCCUACAACAGCCGGCAGAUCACCAACAAUCCCUUGAAGGAAAAGGAGAACAUCUCGAAGACCAAGUUUCGGGAGGUCGAGAGAACGAAAAACGAGACUCGCAACAAGCAGAGUCUCAACGACGGUCCUUUGGGAACCAUGUCCAACAACCUGGACCAGAGCUUAGACAGAAUUGACCCAGAGCUGCUUGGCAAUCUGGAACCUUCCACAGCACCGACUAAGAAGAAAAAAAAGUGCUCCAAAAAGCCCAAAUCAGACCAGAAUUGUCUAAAGGGUCACGGCUCCACCAUUCAAGUAUUGGCCGUUAUCUUUCUCCCCUUGUUCUGGUUGUCUUUGGCUUUGUCCUAGUUCAUACUCUCAACCUUCAGUUUGCUCUUGACAAUGACACAAAUUACCUGCAGUAGCCUACAUGGACAGGCAAAAGACGGUGAAAAGAGGGUUACGAUGUCGACCCGCAUGGUUGAGAAUACAUAAGUUGCAAUGCUACAGACGCAUUAAAAGAAAUGGAUGCCUUUACAGAAUACAUGAGAUCUAAUGUAUAUAAAACUUGGUGCCCAAAUGUUUGUUCUAUGUACUUUUAAUGUGCUGUGUUUAAGCAACACUGCGAAGAGCUCCCUAUUCCCACAUCACC